AUCUUGUAGAAGCAUCAACUAUGUCUAAACCUACUGGUUGAAUUACUGGCGCUGCUAGCUCAGAACUCCACUGGGAUUUUUCCAUUAAUAACCGCCAGGCAGCGCAUUCAGGCUAAGUAUUUCUCACUCCGUUGAAAAGAAAAAGCAGAGGUAAAACCAGAUUGCUGGGCAGACUGGAGAACGCGCAACUCAUCAGCACCAAACAUUCACCAGAUCCUGAUAUGAACAUGACAACCCAGGCCAGAUUCCAGAUGAAUCUCAGCGAUAUCACCUCCAGUAUGAUGAUGACGGAAAGCAGCGCUCUCCUCUUUAACUGAUCGAACCGUUUCCUGACGCCGCCCUGCUGCCCUGGCCCUGGACGAAUCAGGACGCAGAGAACGGAAAGGCUGCAGAAGAAGAUGACGGCGAAGGAAAGCAUCAGGAGGGCGAAAUCCAUGACGACGAAGAAGCUGUCAAACAUGAUCAAACUCAUCCCUGCAAAGGAAAGCAGCCAGUUGCAGACGAUUUCAGCAUUUCGAAAUCUGGCCCCUCUUUUCGUUCUCAAACUCAUGUAAGUGACGGGGUGAACGGUUGCCAGGUAACCCUCCACGGAGACCAGGAUGUGAGAAAUGGCUUGUCCGUACCAGGAGAAGGAAAAAAUAAGGCAUCCAAUGUUGAGAACGGAUAGAUGACGGCUGUGGAGGCCGUAGCAGCAGAGGAAACUUCCAACCACAGAAAUCAGUUCCAUGAUGACCAGGUUGUAGAUGAAGCAGUCAGAGUGAUGCGCUGCGGCCGCCGGCGACGUGGAGCGCCACUGGAGGAGAGCGAUUUUAAAAACAAAGAUGCACAGAGGGAGAAACAGCAGGAUGUUGAUGAUUGAGUAGGCGGUAAAAAUAAAGGAGCUUGGCUUGGACAGAAAGCAAUUCAUGAAAAAGGGAAGAUUUUUGGAGGAAAUGUUGGGAUUCAAAUUGGAGUCGUUGAAAGAUGAUGAUGAAAAAUCCAUCGUCAUCUGCAAGAAAAGACACAACCGUCAGUACGACUGCUGCAAACUGGGAUGAGACGCAAGAUUAACUGGUUUGACACACGACACUAUAAUGUGUUUUGGGGAAAUUGGUUGGAAGAAUUACUUGGAUGUAUUUGCAUGUAAAAAAAAUAAACAUGCAACACAAAUAUUUUUUCCUUUAUGGUUCAUUUCUUAUUAGGCAAAUUCGAUCGACGAGAAACAAUAAUGCAAAUCUGACUCGUCUUCUGCAUCCGUCAAGAUUGAAAAUGAAACUUUUAUACAAAACAGUGACAGUGUACUUUCAAAACAGAAAAAGUCACUGAGUCAUUGUUCGUUAGUGUUCAUUUAUUCAAAUGAUACAGUAGUACUGGGAAAAUGAACUUGGUUAUUGAAGUUUUUGUCAACUCAGUCCUACAAAUUCACAUUAAUCAACAUGAAGACAGAAUCACCUGUAAGUUUAAGAAAUCGUAAAGUCACUUCACAAAUUAAAUCUAGAAGAUGUGCACCAAAAGAAAUCAGGGCAAAUUGUCUACAGAAACACACUAAUCUGAAAUUAGUGUCAAAACCCAGACAUUUUCCCGUAGACGGAUCGACCAACUUAUAAAAUCAAAUGUUUGAUUUGAGCCUUUUGUGAUCGAUUGGAUUAUAUAAGAUGAAACAAAAGAUUUGAAAGUUACAUCGCAGUAGUUUAUGGUUCGGAUCCAUCAACGUUUUCUCUGUGAACAGUGAAAAAGAGGAAAUUGAGUCAUUAGCAGUGACUGUGCAAUCUAAGGUUUGUGGGUUCUACAUCAGUCAACGUGCCCAUGUGCAAGGCACUUGACCCCUAAACAGUGAAUAGGUAUCACCAAAUGCAAUAUAAAAAACAUAGUUGGUGUUAAAGGUUUGUGUUAUGUAAAAUUAAUUUAACUUUAUAUAAUGAUAUUAUACUCUGUGUAAUAUUUGACUAAAAUUCGAGGCCUUGGCAAAAUGUUCAAACUUUAAGAAGAACUGAAAAUCAACACAAACAAAGAAAAUCCUCCGGUUUGAACUCCUGACUCCCGUCACAACAGCAGAUGGUCUAAAAUAAAUAAUGUUUGAUUUUCGAAUUGAAAUGAUCCAUAUAAAAUGAAUUAGAAAAUGCAAAUUUAUCCCAGGAUGCAAAACUCUCUUAAAGCUGCAACACGGCCGGCAGAGUUUUAAGAAUAAAGUUGUUGGGUCGGGGAUCAGUUGGGUUCUGCUCCGAAAAACAGCAAAUCUACAGCAGAGAAAAGAACAGAAUAACCAAGGUCAGUAUUUAUUAGGUUGAAUUAUUUUGAGUGUAUUUUAAAAUAUUUGUUGAAAAUAAAUAAGUUAAAGAUAAUAUUAAAUUAUUAGAUUCACUUCUUCAAAGAUGUUUUUCUUAAGUUGUCAGAGUGUUUUAUUAAAAAGAGAUAAAUUUGAAAAGCAUUAUGAUAAAGUGAUAUGACAUUGGGUAAGUUGAAUCUUUAUUUUUUGUGAAAUUAAAUUGUGGUUGUAACAUUCUUCUGAGUCAUUCAUGAUUCUUUUAGUAAAUUAUUUAUUUUACUGAGUGAGUAAAAUAAAAAGUGAAAUGAAUCUUAAAUAAAUCUUAUUUUUUCUCUGGCCUCCAGUAGAAUUGUAGGAAAAUGUCUCCGUUCCUCAGUGAGAACUUUGCGGAUCCCAACGUCUCCUCCAUCUACUCCCCGAUCCUGUUCCUGAUGCACUGCCUCCGGUCCGAACCCAGCUCCAUCGUUAACACCGCGUUCAUCCUCAUCCGGAUAUCUCUCCAUCUUCCUCUCUGCGUCGUCAUCCUUCGCCUCGGCCUUCGUCGGUGGAACCAGAAGCGCUCCUCAUCCUCCGCUGCACCGAUGAGCCACUCUGACUUUUUCGCCUACCUGGCGGCCAUCAUCGAGCUGAUCGACGUGUUGGGAAGCAUCCUCUCUUUCAUCGGUAUCCAUAACGAUGAUUACAACAUAUUUUUCUCUGGGAUUAUUCUGAGUUCCUUCGUCUGUUUUGGAGCGAUGAAUGUUAACGUGCUGACCUGUGUGGAGCGUUACCUGGCUGUGGUUCAUCCCAUCGCCUACCUGAAGCUCCGGAGUGGAAAAGGAAUCAGAAUCAGAAACUUGAUUUGCUGCUGUUUCUGGCUGUUCAGCAUCAUUGGGAUUGGGCUGCUGAUGUUGACAGAUGUUGAAGCAAUUUAUACUUUAUUCCUUCUCUCUCUGUCUCUGGUGACUGUGUCUUUCUGCAGUUUUUCUGUGCUCUGCAUCUUGAUUCGACCCGGUCCAGGUGAACAUAAGCAUCCUUCGCCUUAUGCAAGUAAAAAUAAGCAUCAGAUUGACCCAUCGAAGCAGAGAGCCUUCCUCACUAUUGUGGCCAUAACGCUGGUUCUGUUGCUCAGGUUUGCUUAUAAUGUAGUUUGGAUUGCCAUUUAUUUAGGCGCAGAUGCCAGUAACUGCAUGGUGAUAGUGUGUAAUUUCUUGUUCAACAUGCCCAGCAGUCUGGUGUUACCGCUGCUGUUUCUACAAAGAUCGGGAAAACUGAAGUGCUGCAGAGUGUGAUGGUUUAUGAGGAACUACACU